AUGUUGUUCGCCAUCUUCUUCGCCUUUUGGCGCUUUGCACAGAUUCUCACUCUGAUUCCCAUCAUGGGCAUGCUGUCCUGGUUCAUCCACGCCUACAUCAACGAAAACGAACUCACCCCCAACUACAUCCUCGUCCUCUUUAUCGUGUCCGUUCUCGGCGUCGUCUGGACCAUUGUCACGCUUUUCAGCUACCACCGCAGCAGCAGCAACUCCCACUUUGUCUCGCUCGUCGACCUCGCGUUUGUGGGAGCGCUCAUUGGCGCUGUCUACCAGCUGCGCUUCAUCACCGACGCCAACUGCUACCACGUCGCGAGCACCGACGAAUGGCUCAAGCACGCCCGCAGCCUGCUGACGCUGACCAGCCAGGGCAUCAAUGUCCUGGGCUCCAACACGCCCUGCGCCGUGCUCAAGACCAGCUUUGCCCUGGGCAUCAUGAACAUUGUCUUCUUCUUCUUCACUGCCGUCCUCGCCUGGAUGCACGGUGGCAAGCUGAGCCGCAAGGAGCACGACCGGCGUGUGGUGACGGAGACGACGACCGUGCGCCGCCACCGCAGCCGUGGCGGGUCGCGCCCGCGGAGUGGAAGCGGCCACAGCCGGCGCAGCUCGCACUCGCACCAGCGGAUGUACGUUUGA